CACGGUGAAACUGCACGAAUAAGAGAGAAAUUGAUAAAAAAAAAGCGUGCAGAUCUGGGAAAGCAAAAGCAAGCAAGCUUUGGGUGAUGCUAAGCUAAUCUCACUUUUUAUCUCUAAUCACAAAAUUAAACCCUAAUUAAUGAUUAAUUAAUUACCUAGGGUUCGUAUAUAUGAAAGCGAAGCAACAAUCUAUGAACAACAAUGAUGAAGGGGAUGGAGUCUGAACUGAAAGACUUGAAUUCCAAAGCCGCGAAAUCAAAUGCAAACAACACCGUUCGCGACGAUCGUCCUCUUCUCAAAUCGGAUUCAGCAUCCUCCACCACCUCCACCACCACAACCACCGCAACCACCGCGGCGGAGCUAGAAGAGCUUGAGAAGAAAUUCGCGGCGUAUGUUCGCCGCGAUGUUUAUGGAACCUUGGGGAGAGGAGAGUUAGCAGCUAAGGAGAAACUGUUUCUUGGUUUCGCGCUUGUUACGCUUCUUCCGAUUAGAGUGAUUCUUGCUGCGAUUGUUUUGGUGGUUUAUUACGUGAUUUGUAGGGUUUGUACAUUGUUUUUGAGUCCGAAUCGGGAAGAUGAACAAGAGGAUUAUGCUCAUAUGGGAGGGUGGAGAAGGAACGUUAUUGUUCGGUGUGGGAAGGCUCUUUCUAGAGUUAUGCUUUUCGUUUUUGGAUUUUAUUGGAUUCCUGAGUCUACUACCUCUAUCAAUCAGGAAGACAAACCUCAGCCUGAAAAGACGGAAAGGCCUGGUGUAAUAAUAUCAAAUCAUGUGUCUUACUUGGAUAUUUUGUAUCAUAUGUCUUCCUCUUUCCCAAGUUUUGUUGCUAAGAGAUCAGUGGCCAAGCUUCCUCUUGUUGGUCUCAUCAGCAAGUGCCUUGGUUGCAUCUAUGUUCAGCGGGAAUCAAAAUCAUCGGACUUCAAGGGUGUUUCAGCUGUUGUCACCGAAAGAAUUCGAGAAGCACAUCAGAAUGAAUCUGCUCCACUAAUGAUGUUAUUUCCAGAAGGUACAACAACAAAUGGAGAUUUCCUCCUUCCAUUCAAGACUGGUGGUUUUUUGGCAAAGGCACCAGUACUUCCUGUAAUUCUAAAAUACCAUUACCAAAGAUUUAGCCCUGCCUGGGAUUCAAUAUCUGGGGUGCGCCAUGUGAUAUUUCUCCUUUGUCAGUUUGUAAAUAAUAUGGAGGCGAUACAAUUACCCCUUUACUAUCCCUCACAACAAGAAAUGGAUGAUCCCAAAUUGUAUGCUGAUAAUGUUAGAAGGUUGAUGGCUACUGAGGGUAAUUUGACACUUUCUGAUAUUGGGCUAGCUGAAAAACGAGUUUAUCAUGCUGCUCUCAAUGGUUUGUUUUCCCAAGCCUAGUUCUUCGGAUAUUCGCUUGUAUAUUCAUUGUAUGGCUCUGUUGUUUAUCAGGAAAAGAAAAAAAAGAAUCUAAUAUAGAAAAUUCUGUGAAGAACAAAGUAUGUAUCCGUAACUGUAGCUGGAAUGAGUAGGAUUUCUGAGCAUAGGCUCCAUGUAUCUACAUUUAAUGAUAUAUGAUACUCUUCAAUAUAGGUGUUCUAACUUUUAAAAUAGAAAAUGGAAUAUGCCAUAUGCAAUGACAGGGUAAAUAAUGUGGGACGCGUAUCACACUUUUAUCUUGAAAAUAACAAUAUAACAUCGUAAAGAUUUUAAUUAUUUGUAUCUGUAAUAUUGUUUUGUA